AUGAGUGACUCUUGGGCUUUGGCGGUGUGCGAUCAGGAUGACACGAUGGUGGAUAGCGGGGAGAAGGACCGGCCGUCAGACGAUCCCCCGGAUAAUCCACGUACAUGGGUGCAGAAAGUGAUUGGUGGUGGGGUAGGAGGGAGACCGACACCGGCGAGGUUGUUAGAUGAUGAGUUUGUAGAUGCAAGGGUACAUCUAGAGUUCCUGGAUGGCGAGGACGGGGAACCGGUGGUUACUAUUGGAUUGGAGGUAUUAGAGGUGAUGAAUGGGAUGUGGAAGCAAUGUAUGAUUGUGAUGGUGCUAGGGAGAAACAUCUCCAUUGCGGCGCUAACUAGAAAGUUAAGAGAGAUGUGGAAACCGAAGGGUGGAAUGUACGUGAUGGAUUUACCGAGGCAGUUCUUUAUGAUUCGCUUUGAUCUGGAGGAAGAGUAUUUGUCAGUCUUGACUGGGGGACCAUGGAUUGCCUUUGGGAGUUAUCUUUUGACAAAGGUAUGGUCACCAGAUUUCGAUCCUCUACGGGAUGAAAUCGUGACGACACCAGUGUGGGUUCACUUGUCAAACAUCCCGGUUAACUUCUAUCAUCCGUCGAUCCUGAUGAGGGUGGCUCAAGGGCUCGGGAGUCCCCUUAGAGUGGAUGUGACAACCUUGAACUAUGAGAGAGCUAGGUUUUCUCGGAUCUGCGUUGAAGUUGAUUUGCAACGACCUUUGAAAGGGACAAUUAUGAUUAAUGGGGAGCGUUACUUUGUUUCUUACGAAGGCCUACCAAAUAUUUGUUUGUUGUGUGGAUUAUAUGGUCAUUUAGUCCAUGCCUGUCCGAGUGGGAAUACGGGGGAGAAGGGUAGAAAAACAGGCGGAUAG